AUGGCCCUCUCAGAAUCCUCCGUUUGGCGUGACCAGAAUCCCGGCGCACUCCAAUGGACGAAUUGGGAGGCCUGGCCAGAGCAUAACGAGUCCUGCUCGUUUGACCUUCCAAGAGGUGUCCUCUGUCGUCAAGGCCGUAUCUCUCUCUUCUCGGUGGUUGCCCAGACUGCUCAGCACAUCCAGGAAGCGGUACGCUUUGCUGCUACUCACAACAUCAAGCUGGCCAUCAAAAAUACCGGGCAUUGUUUUCUCGGCCGCUCAUCCGCGCCCGAAUCGCUGCAGAUUGCCACUUACAAGAUGAAGACGAUGGAUUUUCUCGACGACUUUGUUCCCGAAGGCUCUAGCCACAACAAGUCCAUGGGGUCAGCCGUUACCCUCGGUGCCGGUGUUGUGCUCAUGGACAUCUACGCCGAGACGAGCAAACGCAAUCUCACUGCAAUCGUUGGUCUUUCACAUACAGUUGGCGCUGCUGGCGGCUAUAUCCAGGGCGGCGGUCACUCACCUCUUGGACCAUGGAAGGGUAUGGCCUCAGACAAUGCUCUGCAGUUCCAAGUUGUGACAGCCGAUGCCAAACUUGUGGUCGCGAAUGAAUACCAAAAUAGAGACCUCUUUUGGGCACUUCGAGGUGGUGGCGGUGGCACUUUUGGCGUUGUCGUCGCUGUCACCAUCCGCACGUUCCCUGAUGUUCCUGCCAUGGCUCUCAUGUCUGAUAUUAUCCUUCCCGGACCGGCCGAUGACAAGUUUUGGGAUAUUCUGGAAGCUCUCCACCGGCGUCUUCCAGCGCUUGCUGAUGCAGGCGGCAGCGGUUACUACUUUGCCCUCCCCAACUCUGUCUCCAACGGCACAUCUACGGCAUCCCUCAACGUCAUGAUGUUCUUCCCCAACAAAACAGAUCAAGCACCUAUUGCCAAGAUUGUGGAUGCAUACAUUCAAGAUGCCCGUAAAUCCGCGCCUGACGCCAACUACACCCUCGACCUCGCCCCUGCGCUUGGUGGCUCGAUUGCCAAUGAGCUAGCAAAGACACCAUAUGAUCCCACUGGAGGAAUAGCCAUUGUCGGAUCUCGUUUGAUCUCUCGCGACCUCCUCAGUCAAAAUGAUGGCGCACAGCAUCUAGGCAAAGCUUUGCGUGACAUUUACGAUGGCAGUGGCAAUCAGACUGGCUAUACUGGCCACUUCAUCGCCGACGGCGCUGUUGCCAGGAAUGCAGGCAAGGUCAAAUCGGCGCUCAACCCGGCUUGGCGCAAGACCAUCACCCAUAUUGCCUUUGGUCGAGGGUGGGCUGCCAAUGCCACUUUUGCAGAGCAAAAGGCGGUGCAGGACAGGCUGACCAACGUCGAGAUCCCCAUCCUCAAAAAGCUCGAGAAGGGUAUGGGAGCCUACCUGAACGAGGCCAAUCCCUUUGAGGCUGGCUUCCAGGAGUCUUUCUGGGGCGAGAACUAUAAGAGGCUGUAUCGCAUCAAGCAGCACAUUGAUCCCAAGGGCUUGUUUAUCACGCGAAGUGGUGUUGGUAGUGAAGAUUGGGACGCCGAUGGGCUCUGCCGUGUGCGCAAGCCGUCGACUGAUGGAUUGCAGCUGCCUCUCUAG